ACCAAAAGUUAUGUUGGGCACGUGACAUGUAUGUUCACUGAGGGCUCGACGACCUUUUUGCGGCCAGAAUUUUCCCCCCUGCAAUGAUUGAAGAGAGCUCAAGUUGAAGAUCAAAAUGACGGAGAAGAUCCAGAAUCUAGUUCAAUGGGCUACAAGCUCUGGAGCCUACCUUCAUCCUGAUGUUGAGAUUUACAAAGAUGCAGUCACAGGAUUAUCGUUCAAGGCGCUAAAAGCGAUACCUCCUCAAACAAGUAUUGUACGAUGCUCAUACCAAAUUUCUCUAUCAUAUCUGAAUGCAGUUGGCAUUUAUUCCCGAUUUCCAUCUACGGAAUCAUUCCCUACUGAGUUCCUGGAAACUUUAAAGCAAGAUGAUCCCAAUAUCAUCGGUCACUUUUUUCUCAUGCAGCAAUAUCUGAAGGGUGAGAAAUCUCCAUGGUGGCAGUAUAUCAGAUUACUUCCCCAACCAGAUGAUCCCAAAGGCCUUGGGAUUCCUAUCUGGUGGCCAGAGGAAGAUCAGAGAUUUUUGGCUGGGACAAACGCAGGACCUCCGCUUCAGAAGCGAGAGCAGAUGUGGAGAGAUCAAUGGAAGAAAGGAGUUGUGCUUCUGAGGGAAUUACCAAAUCAUAAAGAAUACAGUUAUAUCUUGUAUCAAUGGGCUGCUACUAUAUUUGAUAGUCGAAGUUUUCGGCCAUCUUUGACCAUUUGUCCCGAAGCACUGAGCGAGAGCUCUAUAGAGAUGGAUCUUAAUCUAGACCAUGUUCGCAAUGAUAGAUUUUCGAUCCUUUAUCCGCUGGUUGAUAUAGGCAAUCAUAAUGGCAUUAAUCAAGUAGAGUGGAAACAAGAUCUCAACUCCAACUCCUUCGAUUUAGUUCAUUCUGCCGGCGUCUCGGAAGGAGAUCAAAUUUACAAUUAUUAUGGAAACAAAUCAAAUAGCGAAUUGCUACUUGGCUAUGGUUUUAUUCUUCCAGACGAUCUUGUGAACCGGAAUGUUGUCAAUCUAAAACUGACCCCAGGCCCUGAUGCUAUUCAAUUGCGCAGAAGUCAAAAUUGUCACAUCCCUCCAGAUCCAAAGCAGCCCGAGGAGGAAUUUAUGUUUGCUGUCCAACCACCAUCUACAAACAAAUCACCAGAUCCUCGAAUUAUAGAAUUCCGUAGUUUCGAAGAAAGUCUGGUAGAUUUGGUUUGCUGCAUGGUAGUAAAUGAACGAGAGCGUUCAUACAUGUUGAAGCACCCGGAAAUAUGUCCAGAAAAAUGUGCACAGCCCUUCCAAAGUCCUUUGUGCCGAGCGCUAUUCCAUGCAAUCUUCAUUAUUCAGUCAAAGCUCUCGUACGAAAUUGAAAGGAUUGAACAAACCGGUGCGACUCUAGGGUAAAUCCAUAUCCUCAUCUCUAUAUUUUACCAAACUAACAUAUGUCUCAGCGUUCCCCAGAACCCCAAUCAAACCCUCGCUACGAUAUAUCGUGCCUCCCAACUUAGUACCCUACAAUGCGCCCUUCAACCUCUAAACAAUCUAACCAUGCAAAUCCUUAGUCCAUCCCCUCGAGUUCCGUCACCCUCUCCAACUGGAAAAGCAAAGAUCAUUCCAAUCGAACAAGCCUACUUACUGCUUACCCAACAUUAUCCCUCUCUAUCCACUACCAUACACGAUCUGAUAGCCGAAGAUCAAGAAGAAGAACUUCCACUAGAUUGGUCCGUUUUAUUAGAAGACUGGGCUUAUACAUAUUGGACAUUAUGGAUCUACAUCAUGAUGCUCAAAAUAUCCGAUAAGCAAAACGUAGCCGCCAUUCAUCCAACACUAGAACAUUGGAUUCGAGACGGAACAUCGUAAGUUCCCCCUCCCCCCUUCCUCCCUCCCCAAGCCCUCAAUCUAACCUCAACAACCCCCUCAGAAUCCCCUCACCCCUCCAACCCCCACACCGCAACCCAUCGACCACCUUCCACGGAGCCCAUGACGAACACUCCACCCUCACAACCACCAUCACCCAACUACAAAAGAAACAUCCCGAACUCUUCGCAUCCCCAACCGUAAACUACGAGCACCUCCUAAACCUCGCAAGCUACCUUGUUAAAGAACAGGGGUUUAUGGUUCCAUAUGAGAUGUUAGAUGGUGCCGCGAAGGGAAACAAGAUCAAUCAGCUGGUUUUGUGUAUUUGGGGCGUGGAGUUAUAAUGUAUUAGUAGUAUAUUUUUAUGGGACUGAGACUUAAAUCGAUACAUUUUCACUUAUAUGUGUAU